AUGGAUCACAUCCACCGAACGACUGCUCCACGAACUGGUCCAAUACGCUUUCAGAUGUCACGCGCUGACCCCGAUGGUAUGUUCAUGACCGAGCACCUUCAACAGAUGCUGUUCUGCACCAAGACUGACAAACAAAUGCUCUACCGCUUGCAGCGUGAGACUUUCAUUCGUGACGAUCUAAAAGUGGUUGAUAUCCCUUAUCGAUCAUUCUGCGAAUGCUCUGUACAUGUUGCAUUCACUUAA